GGCAGGAUCACAUCCAUCUUUUGUACUUUACUAACGUGUGAUUAAUGGAUGUUGCUCGUUAACUGUAGCAGACACUGAACUCAUGCACACAGUUCCAGACACCGUUCUGAAAAGUGUCUCAAUCCCAGGCUUGUCGAGGAUGUCAACAGAAGAUAACCAGCUGUGUCUGAACAUCAGCAGCAGUUUGCCUUCAUCUCUGUCUGCUAAGAAGAAACCUCUGAGUGCUCAGCAGCGAUGGGCCAGAAAGAAACAGCGAGCAGAGAAGAGAAGGAACAGCUCCACCCCCACAGAGGAGAAGAGUGGCUCCUUCAAACAGAGGAGGCUGCAGCCAUUGGACACAUCAGAGGAGCAGGGCGAGAAGAUCGAGGCUCCUCCUGUUCCUCCUCCUAUUCCUUCUGCACACUCCCAGGCUCCACCCCCUGAGCUGACCGGGAAGAAGAAGAAAAAGGAGACAAGGGAGAAGGAUGGAGUGAAGGAGUCGGGAAGGAGCAGCAUCAAGACCUCUUCUCUGUUCAAACACAACCCAGAUAUACCUGAGAUCCAAAGACCAGCUGUUUCUCAAGUGAAGGAGAAGAUUUUUACCAGUGAUUCAUUUUCAGAUCUGGAUCUGCACCCACACCUGGUGGUGACGCUCAACAAAGUAUUGAAUGUGUCCACAUUAACGAGUGUACAGAAACAGACGAUCCCAGUCCUUCUGUCAGGACGUGACGCUGUAGUUCGCUCUCAGACCGGAUCAGGAAAGACGCUGUCAUACGCCGUCCCACUGGUCCAGAGUCUUCAGUUAGUGCGGCCGAAGAUCACCAGGUCAGAUGGUCCUCUGGCAGUCAUCAUCGUUCCCACCAGAGAGCUUGCUCUGCAGACCUUCCAGACCCUCCAGAGACUUCUGAAGCCAUUUACCUGGAUUGUCCCAGGUGUCCUGAUGGGGGGAGAGAAGAGGAAAGCAGAGAAGGCCAGGCUCCGAAAGGGAAUUAACAUCCUGAUUUCAACUCCUGGACGUCUAGUGGAUCAUAUCAGAAAUACACUGAGCAUCGCCUUCAGUGCCACACGCUGGCUCAUUCUGGACGAGGCCGACAGGACGUUGGACAUGGGUUUUGAGAAGGAUCUGACCAUCAUAUUGAAUAGCCUGAACAGUGCAGGACCGAGCAGACAGAAUGUCCUGCUUUCUGCUACACUGACAGAAGGUGUGACUCACCUGGCCGAUGUUUGUCUGAGCGACCCUGUCACCAUCCAUGUAUCUGGUUCCGCCUCCUCUGACCUCACCACCGUCCCAGCUCUCAUAUCAGACCCAAGCCCAGCCAAUCAGUCAGAGAGCUUUGCAGUACCCGAAGCCCUGAAGCAGUUUGUGGUGGUGGUUCCCAGUAAGAUCAGACUGGUCUGUCUGGCUGCUUUCAUACUGGACAAAUGUCAGUUUUCACAGAACAACAAACUCAUCGUCUUUGUCUCAAGCUGCGAGUCUGUAGAGUUCCUUUACUCUCUCUUCACCUCUGUCCUCUCUGGGCCCUCUGCCAAUCACAAGUCUUCGUUUGGCUUCAUGCGUCUCCAUGGCAACAUGAAGCAGGAGGAACGAUCUGAUGUGUUUCAGAAGUUCUCUGCAUCUCAGUCUGGAGUCCUGCUGUGUACGGACGUGGCAGCCAGAGGGCUGGACCUUCCUCAAGUCACCUGGAUUAUUCAGUACACUCCCCCAUCAGCAACGGCAGAGUACGUUCACCGCGUUGGCCGAACUGCUCGUAUUGGAGGAAAGGGAAGCAGUCUCCUCUUCCUCACCCCCGCUGAGACUGCCUUCAUCACUGAGUUGGCCAAUCACAAUAUCAGCCUAUCAGAGAUGAAGCUGCUGGACAUCUUGUCCUGUCUGAUGAUGGACGACGCCUACAAGGGGCGGGGCAAAUACCACAGUAAGAUGUCGUCCAGAGCUCUGGAGCAGGAGAUCAGGGAGCGAGCAACAGUUCUGCAAACACACUUUGAGAACUUUGUUCACAUGGACGUUCAGUCAGUGCAAAAGGCCAAGAAAGCUCUUCAGUCCUUCCUGCGGGCAUACACCACGUACCCUGCUCACCUCAAACACAUCUUCCACAUACGGUCCCUCCACCUGGGUCACACAGCCAAGAGCUUCGGCCUCAGAGAUGCGCCACAGGGUCUGAAUUCCGCCGCAGGCUCAGUGGGCCCCAGGGCCAAGCACAACAAAAACCAGACCAAGGGUCCAGAGAAAAACCAGAAGAAGGCAGCAGAGAUGGGGAGGAUUUGUCCCAGUCAGAGGGAGGUCAGCCUGUUUCGCUCUGAAUUCUCCAGUGGGUUGGACGAAGGAGGUUCCAAGAAGAAGAGGAGAAAGAUGAAGAAGGCAUUUGGAGAGUCAGGAGAAGAGGAGGAGCUCUCAGCUGACUGACGCCUCCUCAGUACUCAUUACACCAUUACCAGUAUGUUCACAUCUGGAAUCUGAAUUCAUCACAUGACAGGAAAAAGACUCAGCUUUUUAUAUAAGUGUAAUUAAGUGUAAGUUGUAAUGAACCAGUGUUUUUCACUUGAGAUUUUCACAUAGUGAUUUAUUUAUGGACACGUGUUUGAAAUACAGUAAAAUAUGAUUUCAUUACAGACUA